AUGACUCAUGCGGUGUUACCUCGCUCUGAGGCGUUCCAUUUAAGAAAUCGGAAGGAGACCGAGGUCCUCAUAUACAGCGACUCAAGGUCUGCAUUGGAUGCGGUUGCGGGGGGACGCUCUUUCGAUCCCCUGGUCACCGAGAUCCGCGAGCUUCUUACCCAGCACCCAGAGAAGAGCGUCAAACUUUUCUGGGUAAAAGCACACGCGGGGAGAAGAGGGAACGAAAGAGCGGACCAGUUGGCCAAAGAAGCCACUAACACAAAGCGGAGGCCAGUCUACGACCGCUGCCCGCUAUCAUACAUUAAAAAAUUAAUACGCGCAGGCACGGUGCGGGAAUGGGUCAAGAGACAGUCCGAAGAAACAACCGGGGCGACAACUAGGAUGUUCUUGCCCGACCCAGAAGCUGCGUACAAAAUCGCAAGGACCAAAGGGUUUAACCCUAUAAUGACCCAAAUUUUGACAGGGCAUGGAGCCUUCGCGGAAUACCUCCACCGUUUCAAAAUAAAAACGAGUCCCGCAUGUGAAUGCGACGAAAACACAAUACAAACGGUGGAGCAUCUCCUAGUGGAGUGCCCCAUAUUCGCCAUUCAAAGGCACGAUCUGGAGCAGACCGUGGGGAUGCGGAUGACACGCAAUGUGCUGCCCGACAUCCUUGCGGGGCACAGGACGGCCCUGGAAAAAUUUUGCGAGCGGAUUCUGCGGAGGACGCGAAUAUUCAACGGCGCCCGGAAUAUUGCUACGCCCUGUAAUUAA